AUGGAACAAUUAUACGUCUUGGUUACUGGCGCAACGGGCCUGAUCGGCGCCCAUGUAGUGGACACGCUGCUUCAACAAGGAACCCGGGUAAGGAUUGUGGUCAGGUCCAAGGAGAAGGCCGGUGCGUUCCUUGCGAGCAGGAGAGAACACAGUGACAGGCUGGACGUUGUCUUCAUCCGAGACCUGACGGACCCGGGGGCGUUUGACGACGCGGUACAGGAUAUAGCAGGGGUCAUCCAUGUAGCAAGUCCUCUGAAAUACGACUGCAAAGACAACGAACAAGCUUUAAUAAUCCCUGCUAUCCAGGGAGUACGCUCUAUCCUACGCGCGUGUUUGAAAUCUCGAGUCAAACGUGUGGUCCUUACAUCCUCCUUUGGAUCAGUGCUUGACAUGUCUAAGCCUGAGGAGGCGCCCUGGAAAUAUACAUCCAACGACUGGAAUCCCAUCACGUACCCCGAGGCCGCAUCACCACAUGCGUCGGCACGCGAGGCAUACAGAGGAUCCAAGACACUCGCAGAACAGGAAGCCUGGAAGUUCAUGAAGGAGGAAAAUCCAGGAUUCGACCUAGUAACGCUCUGCCCGUCCAUGGUGUUUGGACCACUGGCACAGAUCCCCCAAUCGGUGAGCGAUCUGAACGAGUCCAACAAGAUGCUGUGGAAUGUAGUCAGCGGUUCUGCUUCUGAGGAGCUUCCUCCCUGCCAGUUCAAUUUCUGGAUUGAUGUCCGUGACUUGGCGCAGAUUCAUGUACAGGCUCUGUUCACGCCCGCUACCGGGGGGAAGAGGUAUAUUCCGGUGUCAAGGGAGCCAUUUACAUAUCAGAUGGCAUCGGAUAUUAUGCAGAGCGAGCUGCCAUUUCUCAAAGGAAAAAUUCCGACAGGGAUUCAAGCUAUAAAGAAGCAUGUUGAAGUCGAUCUGGAGCCGAUGGUGACAGAUUUUCCCACCAUCAAGUAUACGCCGUUUAAAGAAACAGUCUCCGAUUUUGUCAGACAGUUCGCGCCAUUCCUGGAGGGCCAGAUCUGAGGUGUCAUUGUCUAGAAAUGGAAGAUAUCCAGGUAGUCAAUUCCAGCUCCUUCCCAGCAUACAUGGAACUAUUCGUAGUGCCGACCCUUGUCCCAUCGGUGUAAUAGGAUAUCUACCUCCACUGGACGCAAUAUAAGUCGCCAACAAUUCGAUCAAGAUCGGCCAGGAUGCACUUCAGCGUCGUCGCCCAUGGCUGUAGGAAGUCCUCGACGGUCU